GCGCGCCUCCAUCUGCCCCUCUCUCCCACCGGAGCCGUGGCUGAGCUACGCUACGCUACGGGCUUGUCUUGCCGAACCCCCCGGACUUUCGGAACCGACAAAAAAAAUAAUCGAGAUCAGCGAGCCGAGCUGCGACGCGACCGACGGACGUCGCGACGACGGGACGGAGAUCCUAGCCGCCGAUGCGCCAACAUCCCGCAGAUGUCGGUCAGACGGCUCUGUGCCGUAUCCAGACGCAAACCUAGUAAACACUGACCUGUCGACACGCCCUGAGGAAUGCUGUGUUGAAACAAACGCCUAUGCAGGUGGACCCCUCGCCAAUGAAUGUGGGGGAUGGAGGCCCAGUGAGCAGAGAGAGCAGUGCCCCUGCCCAGGCCUCCGAGAGCAUGGUGGGGAAUCCACAGCAGACACUGCCUCCUGAACUCCGAGGAGACGUGCCUCACAGUCAGCAGAACAAGCUGAGGACAUCCACUGACUGCAAAGCGCCUGGCGUCUGCUCGGAGGCCGGCAAGGCCAGCAAGGCCAGCAAUUCAAACCAUUGUCCUGAAGUCCCUCCCUCCCAACCUCACAACAAUGCUCCUGUGUUCAGCACUGAUCCUUUGAGCACGCCGUUGCCCGACAGGACAGAGGUCCCUAAAGCCAAGGCUGAUGGUGGUGGUAUUUACUCGACCCACCAUUGGCCUUGCGGUAAAAAAGUUGGCGUGGAGGACUCUGUGAACUCUGUGCACGGUGGGAUCACAGCGAAUAAGAAAACGCCCCAAAGCCCAAGCCACACCCCACCUGUGAUUAGCCUUCCCCCGGGAUUUCAGUGUUCAACGCUCUUCAAAACAGGCCAACCUGUUGCUUUCCUGCCCUCUCCUAACUUUUCCUCUUCGCCUCUCUGUAAGAUUACGCUGCCCCCAGGGUUGGGCCAAAUUGCUGCCCUGAGGGAAGCAACAGCUAGUCAGUUUCAAAAAGACUGUGCAGCGCCUAGUUCUGGCUCGAGUAUGCCUCCAAGGCUCAAAACGUAUCCUUCUUACCACUUCUCGGUGGGUAGAAGCCUCGCUUCUGACAAGAAACCACUCUCGCCGGCAUCUAAAGGACGAAGUGACUCUUUGUCCAAUGCUGCUAAGGGCUGCAAAAGUGUCGGAGAGCACAAAUCCACAGUGCCCUCCGCCUCCAACCCAGCAAUCGUUCCGCCUGUGCAACAGUCCUCACAGAGCACAGCCCCACCGACUCGCUACACCAUCUCUCCCACCGCUGCCAUCUGCUGUAGCUCGGCACUAGCCAACAUUAGCACUCAGAGCAGGUUGCUUAGCCUUGUGGAGAAAUGCCCGUCAUACAGAGGGGUUGAAAAGACUAUGGCGUUUCUGAAGCCCAAGACUUCUACUUCUUCUGCCGAGGAGCACAACACGCCUUGUUCCCCAGAGGAACGGGAUGUACCCCUUGAUCUCUCUUCAAAAUCGAAGCGCCAGAAAAGCAUCAGGGACGCUCAGAACGCCUCAACUGCAUCUGAGCAUCAUCCCGCCGAGCCUCAUCAUCAUCAGAAGAACAUGCACACCUCCAAAAGACCUCAGACUGCCACUUUCGGUACUGCCAAUGCAUACUCGCUUCUACCAGACACCCAACGAAACGGUGCCGCCCCACAGAGAUCGUCCUCAAAACUCAGCAAUCACCACAGUUUAGAACCCAGUGCGUCGUGGGGCAAAGGCUCCUCGCCGUGUUCGUUAAACAGCCUCCCUGGCACAUAUGUAGGAGUGGCUAGUCCCAUACUUGCCUCGACGUUGCGUAGCAAAGAUGGAAAGAGUGCUGCUUUUGUUGAUGAUCUCCAGACUUUUGCGAAGCAGGAGACAAUUUCCAUUAUUGAUCAAGGAGAGCAGUUGGUAUCGAGGGGUAAGAAGGCAGCACCAUCGAGUGCAGGUAAAGGUAACCAAUUAAAUAAGGGCACCAAACAUUCUGCACACUCUGCAAGUGCUUCGUCACUUGGAUCGCCAGAGCAUUUGUCCACAGCUUUAUUUGUUACAGCAAACUCGGAGCUCAGAUCUUCUCGGAAGUCUUCGUUGGGAGGAAAAGCAGGGAUUCCUUAUACACCUCCGGUUAUCAAACCAUCGUGGCAGCAGCAACCUAACGUCCAUACUCAAGAGACGUCCACACAAAAGCAGCUGAGUCAAACGCAACCCCCGUCUAAAGCGGUCAGAAGCAGCAUGGCUUGUGAGACUCCCCUGUUCCAUAGCUCUGAUCUAAGCCCUACUAAAUUGGUGGAUGACAAAUGGGAGAAAGCCAAGUCCCCGUUGUCCAAUCUGGAGUCGAUCGUGAAGCAGAAAGCUCUGGAAACCACUGCACUGACUGCAGAGAACUACUGUAACUUGACUUCUGCGGGCUCCAGGAAGCCUGAGGUCCUGAACCUGCUCAACAGAUGUCAGAACCCUCCACUACUUCCGAAUGUGACGACAAGCUUCACACCGUCCAGAGUCUCCGAACCACAGGACUCCAGAUCGGACCGAAUCUCCCCACCCAAAGAGGUCAUUCCACCAGUCAACAGACCGGAGGCUACGACGACCAGUAUAGUUCCCAAAGAGAAGAAACGCGACAAACCGACAAAGCAGACUGAACAUGUAACCGGCGACAGCAGUAGUCAAAAGUCAAAGCCCAGCACCCCCAAGAAAAAGUGUGCUUCCGGUAUUAAAGCUGGCAAGAAAGACAAUAAACUGGUCCAAAGUCUUGAUCAAGACUUAAUAAAAAAAGAACCGACAGCACAGACUGAGUCCUCAACUCCUUCUAAACUGGAGGGGAUCGCUCUAUCGGAUCUUCACCCUCAGACUGAGACUGUAACAGAGGCAGAAGACGAGAAUAAAACAAACAGUGCCAAAGAGGAAAGCCCUUCCAAAGGAAAAGUACCCGUCACCAAACAGAAAAGAGCUAAAAAGCUGGCUAAGGAGAAAAUGUCUCCUGCUAAUGAGAAGACGCCGAAGAAGACUGCAACACUAAUGAAAAAACAGCAGGAGAAGGAGAGUGCCACAGUAGCACAAGGCUCUACCUCGAAAAAACAGAAGAAAGAUGUCUCUUCUCCAGAGGAAAAGAGUCCACAAAAGGUGGAGAAGAGUCCAAUAAAGGUGGAGAAGAGUCCACAAAAAGUGGAAAAGUGUCCAAACAAGGUGGAGAAGAGUCCAAAAAAAGUGGAGAAGAGUCCAAUAAAGGUGGAGAAGAGUCAAAUCAAGGCAGAGAAGAGUCAACAAAAAUUGGAGAAGAUUCCACUGAAAGUGGAGAAAAGUCCAGUAAAGGUGGAGAACAGUCCACAGAAGGAGGAGAGCACAUGUUCGUCCCCUGAACCAGUGAGAAAGAUUCGCAAAGGGAAGAGCAGUGCCGUUAAAAAGGAGCGUCCCGUCCCAAACAAAUCUGGUUUUGAGAGCAGCCCAGUCGACAGUACCCAGUGUGACCAGCGUGAGGAGGACCCCAGCACCCUCAGCAGCCCUGUCCGCCCCAGCAAAGACUCGCAGGAGUCCCAGGUGGAGGCGUCUCCCCGGCUGAGACGGGGACGCCGGCGCACCGACGAAGCUCUGCUGAAAGACUGGAGCUUCGCUUCUCCACCCACUCCCCCUCCUCCUGAUCCCCCCGCCUCCCCAACCUCGCCCAGUCACACCGCGACGGUCACCCCCCUGCGCCGGCCGCGGGGACGCCCUCGCCUCAACCGCCGGCGCGACGAGAGCGACGCCAGCAAGGGCAGAGCUGCAGACGGAGGAGACUCGGCGUCGGCGAAGAAGAGGAAGCGCUGCAGGAACCGCAAGUACCAGAACGGAGAGUACAUCACAGAGAAGGACAAGCCGGCAGAGGGAGAGAAAGAGGAGAGGCUCGGGGAAGACGAGGAAAGUACAGAUGAGAAGUCGGAUCUGUACCCGAGUCUGAGCGCCACGUUGACAUGUGAAACACCCAGUUCCGACCUAAGCCCCAGGAGGUCCCUGUACACCCGCUCCGGGACCACCCGCCGGCAGGAGAGCCCCCCCACCCCAGAGUUUAAUGACAAACCUCCAGGAAAGAGGAAAUUUAAGAGCAAGCACUUGUGCGACACGGAGGAGCAGAAAAAGCUGAAGACUAAACGCAGUUAUCUUGGGAAGCGCUGCUCCUCGCUCUCGGCGGAUGAAGAAAGCCCCGUCGCCAAAAAACCCCCUGCACCUUUCGCCGUACCCAAGGGCCCCUCGUCUCCCGUGCUGAAGAGGAAAGGGCCCGGGAGAAGUGGGACGCCGGAGUCGACCCCGAGCCGCCCGGUUCCGCCGGAGGUCCGCCGGUUAAUCGUGAAUAAAAACGCUGGAGAGACUCUGUUACAGAGAGCUGCUCGACUCGGAUACCAGGAAGUGGUUCUGUACUGCCUGGAGAAAGACGUGCGAGAGGUGAACCGGCGGGACAAUGCCGGCUACACGGCGCUGCACGAGGCUUGCGCUCGCGGCUGGACGCAUAUUGUGCAGGUUUUACUGAAGCACGGGGCCGACGUCAACUGCAGCGCACAGGACGGGACCCGCCCUAUUCAUGAUGCAGUAGCAGCUGAUAACCUGGCCUCAGUAUGGAUGCUCCUGAACCACGGAGCAGAUCCGACCCUGGCCACCUACUCCGGCCAGACCGCUGUUAAACUGGCCCAAAGCCCCAGCAUGAAAACCUUCCUUAAAGAGUAUUUCACUGAUCUGGAGGGACGCACUGAUCAGGAUCCGAGUUUACAGUGGGAUUUUUAUAGCAGCUCUGUGUUUGAGACGGAGCAGGAGGCAUGCUGGGACUUCCUGCUGUCUCAGCCGGAGGAGCAGGACGGGGAGGAGAGCCGGGAGCAGGGGAAGGAGCGAGACUCGGAUUCGGACUGUCUCAUGUUCGAAUUCUCCUCAGAACCGCUCUUACCGUGCUACCACGUUCAAGUAUCACUAACACAGGGUUUUUGUAACUGGUUCUUGCUGGCAGACGUGCUGAAGCGGCUGAAGGUCUCGGCUCGGAUAUUCCGUGCGAGGUAUCCUCAGUUUGAAGUAGCGAGCAUCGCGAAGGCGGAGCUGUGGAAGCAGAUGACUGUCAGUCAGACGUGCCUCGCCCCCGAAGAUCUCCGGCCGGCCGAGGAAGAGGAGGAGGAAGAGGAGGAGGCGGUGGAGCUGGUGCGCUGUGUGCCGGAGCUGCAGGGACUGCUGGGCUCGUCGAUACAGCUCUUACGGGAGGACGAGGACGAGAGGACUGAGACAACGGAGACGACGGAGACGCCAGCCAGGCUCUGCAGCCGAUAGCAAAAGCUCCGCUCCUGUGGACGAGACCACGCCCCUUUCUGCACUGCACCUGUCUGCACUGCACCCUCCACCCAUGCCACAUCCGGGGAUGGGUUGGGAGGAGCUGUCUGUCCGUCCGUGCGUCUAUCUGCCCACCUGUCCACCUGUCCACAGGCGCAGAGGACUUACUCUUACUCUCGGCGACUGGGCGAUGCCCACGAUGCCCGUGAUGCCCAGAUGCCCGGAUGCCCUCUCACCAGUACCAGCACUUUGUACAUUCAGCGUCCGCCAGAAAGGCUUAGUUAUUUAACGAAGAUUCCCGUCUCACUGAUCUCCGAUCUCGCUCGUAUGUUCCUUCACAAUAAGCGAAGAAGGGGACCUAUCAGACUGGCCUGCUUUGGAAUAGCCCCGCCCCCUGUCGGGUGAUUGGCUGGGGAAUGCUAGCAAAGCAGCUUUCAGGUCCCGACCUGUAGGUAUUUUUUUCACUAUCCAAUAAUAUUUUUUUUAUAUUAUAUAUAUAUUAACCUAUAAGUAUGUGUAAAUAUAUAUGUAUAUCUUGACAUCAGGGUGAACAUGUUUGGUUGUAAUUUUCAUGUGAAUAGCUUUUGAGAGAGAGAGAGUUUCAGUCCAAGGCAUUUUCUUUUGGCGUUUAUCUCGGCGAACUGUUUUGAGCGUAGAAGCUAAGAGGCUUAUUACGCUCCGGCUUAUUGUGGCAGGAAGGCCUGUGGGCCAGAUGGUUCCUCCGUUCCUCCGUAAACCUGCGAGAGGCUCGCCGCUCUCUCUCCGCGAGGACCCCUAACCUGGAGCAUAUGUCCCUCGGCCUUCCCCUUCUUACCUCACCUUACCUCAGCUCACCUCCACACCUGAACACCCACCACCUACAGCAGCUCCACCGCAAGCACCUCAUUUACCUGCAUGUCUUUCCUGGGUUUUCCUUUUUUUUCGGUUAUUUUGCAGUGUAUUAAAAAAAGAGCAAGGGGUUGAUCUCUUGAGUUUUGAGUUUAUUAAAUCCAUUAAAUUCAUUAAAUCCAUUUACUCACCAGACAUAUACAAGUCAGCAGUGAAUCAUCAGAUUUAUUUAUUAUUUAGAUGUUUUUGAUUCAUCCAAAAAUCAUGAAGAUGUUUACAAAAAGUAAUUCAUUAUUUGAAGAGAUUGUUGGUUGUUUGGUAUCAUGACCCGCGUGAUGAUGAAGGUUCUCAAAUAGUUUAUAUAAUAAAUAAGGCUUGCAAAAAAAAAAAAAAACGAAUAAUGCAAAGCUUUGGAACAGUUUUUGUUCUUCUUCUUUUUUUUUAUCACACUAUUUUUUUUUCUUCUGUGAUUUACAUAAAAAAAAGACUUUGUACUAUUGGAUCCUGUCCAGCAUCAGCAUCAUUCUCAUCAUCCUCAUCCUCCGGUGUAUCCGAUUCCAGCUAACUUUGUUGUGGUGUGUGAGUGUGUUUUAUUUACACAUUUGAUUGUUGUUUGUGUUUAAUUUAAUUAGUCAUUAAUAUAUUUGACUUUUCUGUGUGUCCGACAAAUGACCUAUGGACAUUUUCUUUGUAUGGUUGGUGCUUUAUUUGAAAAAAAAAAAUGUACAAUUUAAUGAUCCCUUUACCCCACGGAUUCUGUUCUCCCUCACUGCAGACAGUAUUUUAACGAGCAAAAGUACAGUUUUAUUGUACUGGUGCUAAGCUAGAUUUUGUGUUGACAAUCAAUGACGUUUUUUUGAAUUGAAACCAAUAAACGCUAUUUAACUGAAGAGAGAGAAAUGUAAAGAGAGAGUUUAGUUUCAUUACUUAUGGAAAUACACCAAGCCAUGAAGAGAGAGCGAAAGAGAGAGAGAGAAUACCUGGAUUUGAAGGAUUACUGCUUGUGUGAUCUCUGUUAAAGAGGAUACAUUGAUUUGAUUCCUUUUUAAAAGAAAUCGACCAGAAUAAAGCAUGAUUGUCAA